AUGGCCAUGCCACAAAGUUCCAUCAAGAUCGGCAUCCAUGCUCCAAUGAUCGAUUAUCCAGACACAGGCGAAAAUUUGACUACAACAACGGCAGCAGCUACACCCUACAGCAAACAGCUCCUACUACCUGAGAUCAUUCUCCGGAUCAUCGAAGUUCUGUUAGAAGCCGAAGGUGAGAAAUUGAAUCGACCUACAAUACUCUGCCUCGGUCUUACCGCACGUCUAUACUGGGACUUCCUCAAAACACACUAUCCGAUGCAACAGAGAUCAGCUACCUCAUCAUGUUUCCCAACUUCCUUGGAACAACCUUUCCUCGAUAGAUACGGCAUGAGACGACUCGCAAAGUCACUGGAGACAUGGAUUGGACCUGACUAUCGCCAGGUCUCGGAACUCUUUCUCAAUGAGACGAUUGGCUGCCAGAUCAUCUUCUUACGCCGCAAGGUUUACGGAGAUUUAUCUGAAGACGGUUCCAUCCAACCCAGUGAAAAGAAACUCGCAGAGAGACUUCGACAUUGGAAAUAUCCCUACGGAAUGGGGAUGCAAUGGUAUCCCACAGCGGCCCGAGAAUUACUCAAUAUAAUCGUCAGCUGUGAGAAAUAUCAACAAAACAGUGUCGCAAUUAUUGGCCGGCACCCGGAAUACAUUUCGAAUGGGUUUUAUCUUUCGCAUCUUGAUAGUGUAUUGUGGAAAUGGGUACGCAGGAGGGACAAAAAAGAUUCAGCAGAGUUGAAGAAGCUUAAGGAACAAGUGAGACAAUCAGAUCAUAUGCUUAGAAGGCUAUGA